AUGCUUGAUCCUAAUUAUACAACAUUAUCAAUAGUCAAGGUAGAAAAAAUGAUUUAUAAUGCUAUAUAUGGUUGUUUCAGCGUCACGUAUCUCGAUCAACCUGUAACACAAUGCUGGUCUUUAAUUCAAAUCGAAACAACAUCAAUUGAUCGUUUAUUAACUGAUUCAUCAUCACCAUUUGUAGAUUUGGAAUAUACAUCAGAUGAUGAUACUUUACUUCCCAUUAGUUCAUUACCAAUUGUUAAUGAACCACAGCACCAAACACAUUCACCAUCAUCGUUUAAUUUACAUAAACCUUUCUUUACUUCGAAGAAAUACGCUCAACAUUCUACAGUUGCUUGCACAAAAAGAAAUAAGAAACGCAAUAAUGUCCAUAGAUUAUAUCGAUAUAUUUAUUCUAUUAUUCGUAACGUUUCUCAUCGUUUUACAAAAGAAAAAGAUCAAGCAUAUACUUUAUCAACAUCAUAUGCAUUUCAUUCAUAUUAA